UAUCAUAGAAAAAUGAUUUCAGUUCAUGUUGUCUACUACAGUAGUUUCUGCGGAUGGAUUCUAUAUCCAAAGUUAAUGUAACAAUACAUACUGACUCUGCCGGCAGCCUUAACUUGUCCAGUUAGUAGUUCAGUCAGAUUUAUGGCAGAACCAGGCCAUCAUGAACCUUCCCACACCCCUUCGGCACCUUGUGUAGCGUUUUAGGCGGCGGUGGAGGGUCGCCGCCAGGAGUGGACUUGUAUACAUUCUCGACCGACAAGUUAUAAGAACCGGGCCGAUUCCCCAAAUUUACCCCGCACCGCAAGAUUAUAUAGUUAUACAACAUUCGCCUCUUCGGCAGUCAGUCAACAACAAUACAUCCCACCCCACCUUUAAAGCUACAACUAUUUAAUACAGCAAUACCUAACAACAUAUUUCUCCCUCGAAGAGCUCUAGCAACAGUAUACAAAUGGUCGCCAAAGUUCCCCCGUCCGGCGUCUGGUGCCCCGCCGUGACCUUCUUCGACCCCGUAACCGACACCCUCGACCUCCCCAGCCAAAAGAAAUACUACGCCUACCUCUCCAAGUCAGGGCUCGCGGGCCUGGUCAUCCUAGGCACGAAUGCAGAAGCCUUCCUCCUAACCCGCGAAGAGCGCGCACAACUCAUCGCUGCCGCGCGCGAGGCCGUCGGGCCCGAUUUCCCCAUCAUGGCCGGCGUCGGUGCCCAUUCCACCCGCCAGGUCCUCGAACAUAUCAGCGACGCAGCGGCUGCGGGGGCCAAUUACGUCCUAGUGCUGCCUCCCGCAUACUUCGGCAAGGCCACCACGCCUUCGGUGAUCAAGUCGUUUUUCACGGACAUUGCUACCAACUCGCCGCUGCCUGUGCUUAUAUAUAACUUCCCUGGCGUCUGCAAUGGUGUCGAUCUGGAUUCCGAACUUAUCGCGGCGCUCGCGAAGCAGAACGAGAAUAUCGUCGGGGUAAAGCUCACGUGUGCCAGCGUGGGGAAGAUCACACGGCUAUCCGCAUGUCUGACGCCGGAGUCCUUUGCGAUUUUCGGCGGGCAGUCCGAUUUCUUGAUCGGGGGGCUCAGCGUGGGGUCUGCGGGGUGCAUUGCUGCGUUUGCGAAUGUAUUUCCCAAGACGAUUUCGAGGAUAUAUAACUUGUAUAAGAAGGGGGAGGUGGCGGAGGCUUUGCGGCUUCAUCGGAUUGCGGCGCUGGCGGAGUCGCCGUGCAAAUCGGGCAUUGCCUCGACUAAAUAUGCGGCUGCUAUUUACUCGGCGAAGAGGGCAGGGAUUGAAGGUGCGGAGGAGAAAUUGAGACCUCGACGGCCGUAUGAGCCGCCCUCAGAGGCGGCGAAGGAAGGUGUUAGGACGGCCAUGGCGUUUAUGGAGUCUAUUGAGGAUGGAUUUUAAGAGUUCGGUAAUCGGGUAGCUGCGGCCUGCUCGAGUUUGCGCGGAGGAGCAGCCGUGACGGGGCAAUGGAUGCCGAGAGCUACUGUGUAGCCUGUAGGGCAUAGGCGUCUUCACAUGUUAAAUCGAAACAAAAGUUGUGUCAUUCUUAACAGGUACCUAUAGACUACAAAAUAAAAGCAAUAGCUGAGUGCUUAUCACACAUAUCCCCUCCCAUGGCGUUAAAAGUCAAGGAUUCAAAGGAUUGAAUUUGGUUUCUCUAAAUAUCAUGGCCGUGGGGGAAGUCGCUGCAGGCUUCUGGCCUGGGGCACAUGUCCAAUUACAUUUGAUAAUAGGCGAAAGAAAGGAGCUUCAAUGGGAGUGUAUCCAAAAUCCGUGGCUCAUAUCUGCCGAGUCCCUACGUAGGUAGAGUGACAUCACAGCGAGAGAAAAGGUUUCCAUUUACCCAGCGCUGGGCUCAAAGAUUCCGAACGAACUGUUGGGUAACUUUGAUUCACAUCGCGGCUGUGCAAUAACGAUCCAGCAAAGUCAAGAGCCAUACACCACUGGCUAUUAAAGGCACCUGGACAAGUCCAUCAAAUAGAAUCCUCAUAUAUCGAUCGAUGCCUGAACCUUACAGCGUAAAAUGAUUCAUCAGGCGCCAUCGGCAGGACCCGAUGAUGAUGAUGAUGAAUUGGUAUCUGAAGCUCCGAAAUGUUCCGCACGUGAGGAUGAGGACUGGAUGAUAGUGAUCUAUCCUAUCCUAUAUGCAUGCACGCUGUAAAUACAACAAAUGAAAUAUCGAGAGAGACCUGAGUAAAUGCAGUUGGAACUCACGAGGGUACAAAAUUGGGCCAUGGGAUAAUUGCUCAUGGUUUUCCGGAGUACUUUUCAUUUGCUGCUGUCAGUCAGUCUAAUUAUCACUGGGCAACAAUAGAAUAAUAGUAGAUAUGAAUUUUUUCAUUCAAUUGCCUGAGAUUCAUUUUAGAACUAUUUCAAUAUCAAAAAAGAUCAGAGG